AUGCUGAUUUAUUUACUCUUUGUUUGGCCUUAUCGUUUUCUUAUCAAUCCAUUCUAUCGUCAUCGCCCAUUUGCAUCUCAUAUCGUGAAAAGUUACAUUCAAAGCCGUAAAUAUCCCACGUGGACAUCGUUUUUUCUGCUGUAUCGGGACGUUCAAGACGACAAUUUUGGCGACAAACAUUUCAAUUUUAAUGUUGAUGGCCAUAAUUAUUGCAUAUUGAGACAGUUAUUAUACGAAAAUGGAAUAGAACUUCCAAUGUCAUUGCUGUCAAUGCAUAUGAUAGAUCUAAGGUAUGAGUCAGAUAAAUCAAAUCAAGCAGCCAUCAUGUGCAUCAAUAUAAUAGCUGUGUUGCGCAGGCAAAAUCAAUUUCUGGAUAUGUCGUCUGUAACAGCCGCAAUCUACAAAUUGUGA